CAGGUCGACGACGAGGGCGGCUUCAUCCGCUUCUUCAAGUCUCUCCCAGACAUCGGCGACGAUGCCGUGCGGAUAUUCGACAGAGGCGACUGGUACACCGCCCACGGAAGCGAUGCCAUGUUCAUUGCCAAAACAGUCUACAAAACGACGUCCGUUGUCCGACAACUCGGCAAGAAUGACCACACGGGUCUCCCCUCCGUCACGAUAUCCACCACCGUCUUUCGGCAGUUCCUCCGCGAGGCCCUCUUCAAGCUGGGCAAGAGAGUCGAGAUCUGGCAGAGUCCGAGCGGUCGCAUGAAUUGGAAGUGCGUCAAGCAGGCAUCCCCGGGAAACCUGCAAGAUGUGGAAGACGAGCUUGGUGGCCAGAUCGACUCGGCACCCAUGAUCAUGGCUAUCAAGAUAUCCGCAAAGGCUUCCGAGGCACGGGCCGUCGGUGUCUGCUUUGCUGACGCCAGCGUUCGAGAGCUUGGUGUCAGUGAGUUCCUCGACAAUGACCUCUACUCGAACCUGGAGUCUCUCAUCAUCCAGCUGGGUGUCCGAGAGUGCCUUAUUCAGUACGAGAAGGGCGACAGAGAGAAGGAAAAGGACCCUGAAUUGGCAAAGAUUAGACAAAUCAUCAACAACUGUGGUGUCGCUCUGGCCGAGCGCCCUGCUGGUGACUUUGGCAUCAAGGAUAUCGAACAAGACCUGGCUCGCCUGUUGAAGGACGAAAAGUCAGUUGCCAUGCUGCCCCAGACGGACCUUAAGCUGGCCAUGGGCUCGGCAGCAUGCCUGAUCAAGUACAUCGGCGCCCUACAGGAUGCCUCCAACUUUGGCCAAUAUCAGCUCUAUCAGCACGACUUGGCUCACUACAUGAAGCUCGACGCUGCCGCUCUCAAAGCCCUCAAUCUCAUGCCGGGCCCGCGAGACGGCUCCAAGACGAUGAGCAUCUACGGCGUGCUCAACCACUGCAAGACCCCCGUGGGCAGCCGUCUUUUGGCGCAGUGGCUGAAGCAGCCGUUGAUGAGCAAGGAUGAGAUUGAAAAGAGGCAACAGCUCGUUGAGGCUUUCUUCACCGACACCGAGCUUCGGCAGACCAUGCAGGAAGAGCACCUAAGAUCUGUCCCCGACCUGUACCGCCUGUCGAAGAAGUUCCAACGCGGUAAAGCCAACCUGGAGGAUGUCGUCCGCGCCUAUCAGGUUGUCAUCCGCCUGCCGGGCUUCAUCGGCACCUUGGAGGGAGUCAUGGACGAGGCGUAUAAAGAUCCCCUGGACGAUGCUUACACCAACAAGCUCCGCGAGCUGUCCGAUAGUCUCGGCAAACUCCAGGAGAUGGUGGAGCAGACCGUGGACCUCGAUGCCCUGGACCGGCACGAGUACAUCAUCAAGCCAGAGUACGAUCAGAGCUUGCGAAUCAUCCGUAAGAAGCUUGAUCAGCUCGAUCGCGAUAUCAGGCAAGAGUUCAACAACGCCGCACGCGACCUCGACCAAGAGGCCGACAAGAAGAUCUUUCUCGAAGCAAAUCACAAGGUUCAUGGUGUGUGCAUGCGUCUGACACGGCAAGAGGCUGGCUGCAUCCGUGGCAAGUCAAAGUAUCUGGAAUGCUCAACCCAGAAGAACGGCGUCUACUUUACCACAAAGCAGCUGCAGGCCUACCGCCGUGAGCACGACCAGCUCUCGCAGAACUACAACCGCACCCAGAGCAGCCUGGUGAACGAGGUCGUCCAGGUAGCGUCCUCGUAUUGCCCAGUCCUGGAGCGCCUUGCCGGCGUGCUGGCUCACCUAGACGUCAUCGUCUCGCUCUCCCACGCCGCGGUGCACGCCCCUGAAGCCUACGUCCGACCCAAGAUUCAUCCCCGCGGUGAAGGCCAGACCAAGCUCACCGCGGCUCGCCACCCCUGCAUGGAGCUCCAGGACGACGUCCAGUUCAUCACCAACGACGUGGAGCUCACGCGGGACAAGUCCUCGUUCCUCAUCAUCACCGGACCCAACAUGGGCGGCAAAUCGACCUACAUUCGCCAAGCGGGCGUCAUUGCCCUCAUGGCCCAGGUCGGCUCUUUCGUGCCCUGCUCCGAGGCCGAGCUCACCAUCUUUGACUCCAUCCUCGCCCGCGUCGGCGCUUCGGAUUCGCAGCUCAAGGGCGUCUCGACCUUCAUGGCGGAGAUGCUCGAAACGGCCAACAUCCUCAAGUCCGCCACGGCCGAGUCGCUCAUCAUCAUCGACGAGCUCGGCCGCGGCACCUCGACCUACGACGGCUUCGGCCUGGCCUGGGCCAUAUCCGAGCACAUUGUCAAGGAAAUUGGCUGCUUCGCCAUGUUCGCAACGCACUUCCACGAGCUCACCGCCCUGGCCGACCAGUACCCGCAGGUCAAGAACAUGCACGUCACGGCGCACAUCAGCGGCACCAACAGCGGCGGCGACGACGUCAACGCCAAGCGCGAGGUGACGCUGCUGUACAAGGUCGAGCCCGGCAUCUGCGACCAGAGCUUCGGCAUCCACGUCGCCGAGCUCGUGCGCUUCCCGGACAAGGUCGUCCGCAUGGCCAAGCGCAAGGCGGACGAGCUCGAGGACUUUACGACCAAGCACGAGGACCUCGGCGUGAGCUACAGCACCGAGGACGUCGAGCAGGGGAGCGCCAUGCUCAAGAAGGUGCUCGUCGAGUGGAAGGACGCGGUGAGGAACGGGGGGCUUGUGAGCAAGGAGGAGCAGGUGGCCAAGCUGAAGGAGUUGGUGGCCGCGGAUGAGAAGCUGCUUGCCAAUCCGUUCUUUCAAUCUGUCAAGGCGCUCUGA